AUGGGGGGUCUGAGGCCUUGGGCCCGAUAUCUGCUCCUGCUUGUGGCCCACCUGCUGGCCCUGGGGCUCGGGGCUGUGGUAUUCCAGGCCCUGGAGGGCCCUCCAGCACUCCGCCUCCAAGCCCAGCUCAAGGCUGAGCUGGCUACCUUCCUGGCGGAGUAUGGGGCCUGCUUGCCACCUGGAGCCCUGGAGGAGCUUCUGGGCACCACCCUGAGAGCACAGUCCCACGGAGUCUCCAGCCUGGCCAACGGCUCAGACACCAGCAACUGGGAUCUUCCCUCAGCCCUGCUCUUCACUGCCAGUAUCCUCACCACCGCGGGUUAUGGCCACAUGGCUCCACUAUCGGCAGCUGGGAAGGCCUUCUGUGUGGUCUACGCGGCUCUGGGGCUGCCAGCUUCCUUAGCCCUUGUGGCUGCCCUGCAACACUACCUGCUCCCUUCCUUCAGCUGCUUGGGUGUCUGGGCAACUACCCGCUGGCAGCUGACACCAGCCCGGGCUGCGCUGCUUCAGGCUACCGGAUUCGGCCUGUUAGUGGCUACCAUCUUCGUGCUGCUGCCGGCUCUGGUGCUGUGGGGUGUCCAGGGUGACUGUAGCCUGCUAGAGGCCAUCUACUUCUGCUUCGGCUCCCUAAGCACCAUUGGCCUGGGAGACCUGCUGCCUGGCCAGGGCCGUGGCCUGCAUCCAGGGAUUUACCACCUUGGCCAGUUCUCCCUUCUUGGUUACUUGCUACUAGGACUCCUUGCCAUGCUGCUGGCUGUGGAGACCUUCUCUGAGCUGCCACAAGUCCGUGCCAUGGUGAAGUUCUUUGGGUCCAGUGGCCCUGUGACAGCUGAGGAUCAACAUGGCAUCCUAAGCCGAGACGAGUUGGAUCUGAGCACCCUGCCUCCCCCCACUCCCACCUCAGACCAGACCCCUCCUUGCUGACACGGCACAGGUGCCCAACUUCACCUUCUUUUACGUGAAGGAGCCAGAGGCAGUCAUCAGGAGUGCUUGGGGAAGAAUCUGGAGAUGGGGG